AUGGGGGUGGCGCAAGACGUAGCAGAGCUCGCCCAUGGGUAUAACAUAUCGGAUUACGUUGGGCUUUGCAGGGAUCUGGAUUUACAAGGUCUAAGAAAAAGGAUGAAAGACAUACGUGAGCGGUUGGACAAUAACAAUAUCAUAGAAAAGAUCAUUAUGGAGAAUGAGGAAGCUAGGAGGUUGAAGAAGAUGGGUGAUGGAGGUGGUGUAAAGAAUCUUCUUGAUAUAGUACUUGAUAUAUCUGAAGAUGAGGAAGCCGAGAUAAGAUUAACUGAAACGAACAUCAAGGGAUUCAUUCUGGGGGGACUGAAACAUCUGCAGUGA